AUGGCGGUGGCUUACGGUGGAUGCGACGGUGAAAUCGGUGGCGUCAGGUCAAACCUAAUCCCAUCAGUAAAAGCAGAGUUAUUCGAUGACAGUGCCGGUUCAACUUCACCUGGCUACGACGACGUUUUAAGCGAAAGAAAAGACUCAGUAGUAACCGAAGAAGAAGGUGCUACAGCUUCUCACGCUAUUCACAUCAAAGAAGAAGUUGCUGAAGACGACGGUGCUAACGCUUCGUCUUCGAUGGAGUUUCCGAAACCGAUGGCGGGGUUGCAUGAGGUUGGUCCACCGCCGUUUCUUAAGAAGACGUAUGAAAUGGUGGAGGAUCCCGAAACUGACACGAUUGUUUCGUGGAGUGAUUCUCGUGAUAGUUUCAUUGUUUGGGAUUAUCAUGAAUUCUCCAAAACUCUUCUUCCCAAAUAUUUUAAGCACAAUAAUUUCUCUAGCUUCAUUCGCCAGCUCAACACCUAUGGGUUUAGGAAGAUUGAUUCAGACCGAUGGGAGUUUGCGAAUGAAGGAUUUCAAGGAGGGAAGAAGCAUUUGUUGAAGAAUAUAAGAAGGAGAAGUAAGUAUAACAAACUACAUCAAGGAGGUUUCAAUUUGAUGACACCUGGUGUUGAAUCUGAAGUGGAGAAACUGAAAAAGGAUCAGAACAUGUUGAAAUUGGAAAUUCUGAAGCUAAGGCAGCAACAAGAGAAUUCAAAUAUCCAACUCACAAAUGUUAAUGAGCGGGUUCGGCGUGCUGAGAUGAAGCAAUAUCAAAUGAUAUAUUUCCUCACCAAAAUGGCUAGAAAGCCGGUUUUUAUGGAUCAGUUAAUUCAAAAGAUGAAGCGGAAAAAAGAGGUUGAUGGUAGUAUAGAUAUGGUUAAAAGGCCUAGAUUACUUGGAACACAAGGUACUGGUGUUGAUUAUAGGCCUCAAGGUCGGGAACAGUUUGAUAGUUUGCAAACUGAAUUGAAUGGACUUUUUACUGAAAAUGUGAACAUUGGUAGAAUGGAAGCACCGGUUUCGGAUACAUUGGAGGAUGGAUUUGUUAGCUCUUUACAUGAAAUGAGGGCUUGUGGUGAUUCUAGACAAAAUGUGCAAGAUGUUUCUUCUGCUUAUCAUGUUAUGUCAGAGAAACUAUUGAGUGAAAACUCUGUAGUUGAUGAAGAAAUGGACGUGAAUGACUCUAAUAUCUAUCUUGAGUUAGAGGAUUUGAUUAGUAAACCAGUGGCUUGGGGUGGAUCUGCUAGUGGUUUGGUUGGACAAACCAUUUGA